GCGACGUGCCCGUGCUCUUCGUGGUGAGGCAGAAGGAGGCCGUGGUCUCCUUCCAGGUGCCGCUGGUGCUCCGCGGCCUGUACCAGCGCAAGUACCGGUACCAGGACGUGAGCCGCACGCUCUGCCAGCCCCAGACCAAGAUGGAGCAGGAGACGCAGCACUUCUACGUGGACGUGUCCACGCUGUCCCCGAAGAACACCUCCUACCAGCUGCGGGUCACCCGCGUGGAGAACUUCGUGCUGCGAACAGACGAUCGGUUCAGCUUCAACGCCACCGCAGCCCAGCCACAGUACUUCAAAUACCAGUUUCCUGAGGGAGUGGACUCGGUGAUUGUGAAGGUGACCUCAGCCAUGGCCUUUCCCUGCUCUGUCAUCUCCAUCCAGGACAUCCUGUGCCCUGUCUACGACUUGGACAACAACGUGGCCUUCAUCGGGAUGUACCAGACCAUGACGAAGAAGGCAGCCAUCACGGUGCAGAAGAAGGAUUUUCCCAGCAACAGCUUCUACGUGGUGGUGGUGGUGAAAACUGAGGACGAGGCGUGCGGCGGGGCCCUGCCCUACUACCCCUUCUCCAAAGAUGAGCCAAUGGAUCAAGGCAACCGGCAGAAGACGCUGGAGGUGGUGGUGUCACCUGCCAUAACCUCGGAGGCCUACGUGAGCAGCGUGCUCUUCUGCCUGGGCAUCUUCCUCUCCUUCUACAUCAUCACGCUGCUCAUCGCCUGCUGGGAGAGCUGCUGCCAGCAGCAGAGGAGGAAGGGGCUCCUGGCGGCCAUGGACUCGCCCAGCCUGGACACAGAAUCUUUACUGGGGCACAGCCAGAGCAUCCCCGACUCCUUCCUGGGGCAUACCCCCUACAACGGCUAUGGUUACGGCUCCUUCGAGAACGGCUCCAGCGCCAGCACCGAGGGCAUCACAGACAGCAUGGGCUCCACAGAAGUUUCCUAUGGAUACACAGGGGACCGGUCGCUGGAGAACGUGGCCAGCCGGCCCCGCCUGGACUCGCUCAGCUCCGUGGAGGAGGAUGACUACGACACGCUGGCUGACAUCGACUACGACAAGAACGUCAUCCGCACCAAGCAAUACCUCUACGUGGCCGACCUGGCGCGAAAGGACAAGCGGGUCCUGCGGAAGAAAUACCAGAUCUACUUCUGGAACAUCGCCACCAUCGCUGUCUUCUACGCACUCCCUGUCAUCCAGCUCGUCAUCACCUACCAGACUGUGGUGAACGUCACUGGCAACCAGGACAUCUGCUACUACAACUUCCUGUGCGCCCACCCGCUGGGGAACCUCAGCGCCUUCAACAACAUCCUCAGCAACCUGGGCUACAUCCUGCUGGGCUUGCUCUUCCUGCUCAUCAUCCUGCAGCGGGAGAUCAACUACAACCGGGCGCUCAUGCGCAAUGACACGCACGCCCUGGAGUGCGGCAUCCCCAAGCACUUCGGGCUCUUCUACGCCAUGGGCACUGCCCUCAUGAUGGAGGGGCUGCUCAGCGCCUGCUAUCACGUCUGCCCCAACUACACCAACUUUCAGUUUGACUCGGGCAUCCUGCGCAGGAUUGUGCACGUGCUGUACACGGACUGCGUCCGGCAGUGCAGCGGGCCCAUGUAUGUGGAUCGAAUGGUGCUCUUGGUCAUGGGCAACAUCAUCAACUGGUCACUCGCUGCCUACGGCCUCAUUGUGCACCCCAACGACUUCGCUUCCUACCUGCUGGCCAUCGGCAUCUGCAACCUCCUCCUCUACUUCGCCUUCUACAUCAUCAUGAAGCUGCGCAGUGGCGAACGCAUCAAGCUCAUCCCCCUGCUCUGCAUUAUCAGCACCUCCGUGGUCUGGGGCUUCGCUCUCUUCUUCUUCUUCCAGGGACUCAGCACCUGGCAGAAAACGCCAGCCGAGUCGCGGGAGCACAACCGCGACUGCAUCCUGCUCGACUUCUUUGACGACCACGAUAUCUGGCACUUCCUCUCCUCCAUCGCCAUGUUCGGCUCCUUCCUGGUGCUGCUGACGCUGGACGAUGACUUGGACUGUGUCCAGCGGGACAAGAUCUAUGUCUUCUAGGCUGCCCCGGGCCCCUGCCCACGCAGGGGACUGCAGCCGCCGUGGCCAACAGGAGCGGCUCUGGGCGUGCUGCGGCACCGGCCGCGCCGCGGGGCCACCUCCCGCGGGGAGGGAUGCUUGUGCCGGGGCUCCUGCCGGCCGCUCCGUCCCCCUCCCCACCGCCAGGACGUCUGUCCGUCCGUGGUGCUGGAGAAGGUGGUGGUGCUGCGUGUCCGCGCUGCUGCGGCCUUUCCCCGGGGGGGAGGUGGCACCGGGCCUGGCGCCGUGCCUCGCUGCAGGGCAGCGUGCCCGGCGCAGGGCUCCCGGCCGGGCAGGGGCCGGGCCCCGCGUGCGCGCGGGUGCGGGGCUCUCUUCAGUGCCUAGGUAGUGAUUUUGGAGAGGUGGGCGCGAGGCGCGCGUCGGGCUCCUUCGCAGCUGCCGCUCGCCCUGGCAGGGGACUGCGGAUGCCUCCUGCGAGGGGCUGCCCCGCGCACCCCGGCUGGCAGCUCAGAGCCAGCGGGCAGACGGGUGGGCGGACGGACAGCCGGCAGAGCCGCCCUCCUGCGGAGGCUGCGGGAGAAGCCGGAGUGUCUUCUCUUUCGAUAUCUUAGCGAUAUUUUCAACUGGGGUUUUCUUUUUUUUUUUUUUUUUUUUUUUAAUUCACCCGUCCCCUGAACAAAGCUGCCAUGUGUUUUCUAUGACGGGUUCUCCCGGGAAGUGACAUGCAUUAAAGUGUCUGUCUGCACUUUA